CCGGACGGACUGCGCACACUGAGCGACAUUCGUCGCACGAUGGCGCAACAUGUUGGCCGAACGCUCAAACCGGCUACCCUAAUUCUCAUUAUUUUCACAUAUUUCCACGUAACCACGGGCAUAAACAUUACCCCAAGGACUCCCCAAUUCGUUCCCAAAAUCACUUCGAUAAAACAAAUUCCAAGUGAUAAAUUAUCAAACUCAAGUGAUACCACCGAAUCAUCGGUAACAAGUGAUAACAAACUAGUGCUAGUGACUGGUCAACACCUCGCGAAUCUCAAUAACUUUCACUGGUCAAACGAUGAAAAUACCUGCAACAAUGACAGCAACCCCCUGACCCUAGUGGACUUGCGAACUUCACCGAAAGGACGUGACAUUGCGACAUACAAAUUAUCAUCCAACGAUAAAUUUGAGGUUACAAGUGUCUAUUUCUGUGUGGGAAGUGUCGACGAGUCCCAUACGACGUCAUGGACUAAUCUUGGCAGCGAAUUUUCCCUCAAAAUAAAGGGCAGUCGUUUGCAACGAGACGUUGCGGACCCUCAGGUAGUUUCGCUGUCACCCUACACCGAUGUCAAUAUCAAUGGCCUGCGAGUGGAACAUGCCGUCAAAGAGCCUUUCAUUGCCCAGGACGGAAUGCCCGAGAUUUUGGCCGGGGGAGAAGCUACUUUACGACUAUUUGGCAGUGGUCUCAAGAAUGAUACCAAAAUCGUGUUUACGGAUGAGAAGCCGCAGGAGGACAAGUCCUGCACUAGGAUCAAAUCGGAUGAAUUUCAAGUUCAAAAUGCGGACGAAUUCACAGGGACUGUGGACGUAAUACUGCCCAUGGGGUCGCCCUUCUACAUUUGCGUAAAACAAGUGAAAAACCGUGAUGGAGGACAAACCGAGAAACGAGUAUACUACAAGCAUCAGGGAAUGGAGAGUCAUAAAGCAAUUCGUACGUAUGAAAAAAUGCUAGCACUCUGGCUGCAAAUCACGAUUAUCCUCACGUGUCUGGCCUUCUCAGCGCUCUUCUCAGGGCUGAAUUUGGGGCUUAUGGCUAUGGACAGGACUGAAUUAAAGAUUUUGUGUAAUACUGGAACUGAAAAGGAACGUAAAUAUGCAAGAACAAUUCAACCAGUUAGAAAUCAUGGAAACUACUUGCUAUGCUCUAUUCUCUUCUCAAAUGUCCUGGUAAAUUCAAUAUUCACAAUCUUAUUGGACGAUCUAACAUCUGGAGAAGUUGCUAUCGUAUGCUCGACCUUGGCGAUCGUGAUUUUCGGUGAAAUUUCCCCUCAAGCAUUUUGCAGUAGACACGGACUCUGCGUGGGUGCCAAAACAAUUUACAUAACAAAGCUCAUGAUGGUAAUAACGUUUCCCCUGAGUUAUCCCAUAAGUAAAUUCCUGGAUUUCAUGCUUGGUGAGGAAAUUGGAAACGUUUACAACCGUGAGCGUCUCAAGGAGCUGGUUAAGGUGACAACUGGCUACAACGAUCUCGAGAAAGACGAAGUGAACAUAAUAGCUGGAGCCCUUGAGCUCCGCAAGAAGACAGUUUCCGACGUGAUGACCAAAAUCGAGGAUGUUUAUAUGCUGGAUUACAACGCAAUCCUCGACUUCGAGACAGUCUCCGAAAUAAUGAAAUCAGGAUUCUCAAGAAUUCCUGUCUACGAGGGAGAGAGAAACAACAUCGUGACAAUGCUCUACAUCAAGGAUCUGGCAUUCGUGGAUCCUGACGACAAUACUCCAUUGAAGACAUUGUGCCAAUUCUACCAGAAUCCCUGUUACUUUGUUUUCGAAGACGUCACCCUCGACGUUAUGUUCAAGCAGUUCAAAGAAGGGCACAAGGGCCACAUGGCAUUCGUGCAGAGAGUCAACAACGAAGGUGAAGGUGAUCCAUUCUACGAAGUAACUGGCCUGGUAACCCUGGAGGACGUGAUAGAGGAGUUGAUUCAAGCUGAAAUAAUGGACGAGACAGACGUAUUCACUGAUAAUCGAAGUAAACGAAAGAGAUUAAACAAUCGUCCGAUGAUGCCGGACUUCACUGUAUUCGCUGAGAAGAAGGAGAACCAGAGAAUUCACAUCUCUCCACAAUUGACAUUGGCAAUGUUUCAAUAUUUAUCAACGACUGUGGAUCCAUUCAAACCUGACACGAUAUCGGAAACAAUUCUCCGUCGAUUACUCAAGCAAGAUAUCAUUUAUCACAUCAAAGUUAAGUCUCGUGAGAAGGCACGCAAUGAUCCAGGGGCUAUAAUAUACCAGCAGGGCAAAGCUGUUGAUUACUUUGUCCUGAUUCUUGAGGGGCGUGUGGAGGUGACCGUUGGAAAGGAAAAUCUCAUUUUUGAAAGUGGACCAUUUACUUAUUUCGGGUGUCAAGCACUCAGUCCUAAUUUUGCUGUUGCCUCGAAUGUUUCAGUGACGGAGUCCCCAACAACGACAAAUCCCCAAAGUCUGGGAAGUAUCCAAUCGAUAAAUUUGGAUGCCAUACUGCGUCACACAUUUGUGCCAGACUACACAGUGCGUGCAAUAACCGAAGUCUUCUACGUUAAAGUCAAGAGAUCACUGUAUCUAGCAGCUAAAAGAGCUACGCUAUUGGAGAGAAGCCAGAAAGAUCCGUCGCCGAGUCAGGAUCAGUUUGACGAUGAAGUUGAGAAGUUACUUCAUUCAUUGGAUGAGGACGAUCACAGUAUGCCAACGACACCCAGUAAUGAACGUAGACAUCAUCACAGAGUCAAUGAUGCACGUCAACAGCAGUCACCAGUGCGGAGUGCAACUGCCCCAACGUCACCUCUACCAGUUAGUGCGAGUCCAAUGACUAAUUCAAAGUUUGUACCGAGGAACGGGCCUAAUGGGCAGUUGAAGAAUUCACCUGUGAAGAUCGAAGAAAUUCCAAUGAAUCCCCCCGAAGGUCAGAAACUAGACCUUGACGCGGAAAUAGCAUCACGUCAAGCUGAAGCAGCUCGUUUACCCACGAAAAAAUCAUCAGUGGACGAGGAAGAGCGUGAGAAUCUUCUCUCAAAGCACAUUGACUCUUAACGCUUGCAAAAUGGCCGUGCGAGUAACAUCGUCACGGCUAACGAGGUAACAACGAAUAGUUGCUGCAGCCCAAGUUCAAACAGUAUCAAUCAAACAACGUGACAUUUCAUACUUAUUGCUGUAGCCUUAAGAACGGAUCAGAUACUUAAUUAGUAACAUAUUAGCUGUUUCGUUUGAAUGUUAAUUGAGACAGUGCUGAAUUCGUUUGCUACAUUUUACCAAUCGAAUUGAAUUUUUACUUUAGAUCUCCUGCUCAGGGAACUGAUGCCAAAUUCACCUAAAUUUCCAUUUCAAUUUAAUUCGUUAGGUCGAGUCAAUUGAGUUUUUCUAGCAGAAGCAACAAAAAAAAACAAAAAAAUCUUGAAAACCUGUCACAGAUUAUUUUACAGAGACAACACGAUGAUGUUUCUUUGUCACUUGUACAUACCAUUCCAAUUUUUAUCAUUUACCAUGAAAAGUAUUUCAAAUGAAAAUUAAACCACCACCUUACGAUGCGUUUAUGAUACAUGUGACACAAAUACUCAGCCAAUCAAAGGUUUAACCACUUAGUUUUAAAUGAGCAAGUCUAAAGAAUUCUCAAGGGGAUUAGAGUCAAAUUUCAUGAUGAAAAAUGUUGAGUACGAUUGCCUAAUAUUAAUAAUCUUUUAUAUAAUGUUCGUUAGUCCUGUUUAAUCAUGUUUAUUCGUUGAAUGUUUACCUCUGUCGUAUAGAUUCCGAGUGCCUGCUUACUUCUCAAAUCAUGUUU